AAAAGAACCUGGAAGGCAGGCACACACCUGUAGAGGUGGCUCAGUUCUCUUGCACGUGACACUGACGCCACUGCCGCAUGUCGCGCAAGGCGACUUCACCUUACAUCAUCAGCCUCAUCAGCCUUGUGGAAUCGCGUGCCUUUGACUCGAUUUCCUCCCAUCCGGCGUUAUCACCAUCACCUCUGUUCUUCACGCGCCGCGAUCAAAAUGUCAACUACCGCACCGGAGACCGCUGAACAAGCGCCCACGGCGCCCACGGCGCCCAACACGCAAGAGACGACAAGCGAUGCCGCCGCUGCCCCAGCUGACGCCGCGGCUGUCCCCGAGGCAGUCGCGCCCGGCCCAGAGCCUAAGGCCAUCACCCGCAAAGACAUGUCUCUCCGCGAGUUCUUGACCAAGAUGGACGACUAUGCGCCCAUUAUCCCCGACGCAGUCACAAACUACUACAUGACCAAGGCCGGCCUCCCCCCACCACCGCAGACCGACCCGCGCCUGGCGCGCCUGCUCGCUCUAGCAACGCAAAAGUUCAUCGCCGAUAUCUCCGCAGACGCAUAUCAGUACAGCCGCAUCCGCGCCUCCAACUCCAACGCGAAUAACCCCAUGGGCAACCUCGGUGCCGCGGCGGGAUUCCCCAUCCCGGGCCAACCCACAGGUCCAGCCGGCGCAAAGGACCAAAGUCGCGGAGGACCCCUCGGUAUCCAGAGACCUGGCUAUGGCGGCGGUGGACAGGGCGGCAGCCAAAACAGGACCGUUCUCACCAUGGAGGACCUCGGCAUGGCCGUCGGCGAGUAUGGAGUCAAUGUCAAGAGAAGUGAGUUUUAUCGAUAAGGGGGGAAUUAUCAAAGCAGCCGGGAGCUGCCAAAAAAAAAAAAUUUGGGCUGGUGUACAUAUAUCACGGCGUUGGACGGGCUUGGGUAUGGCGUCUACGGGGUUUUACAUGACCGGGAGCUUCGGCUUUGAACGAGCACUACGUAGAGGUGCUCGAAAGGUUACACGAUAUGGAUAUCCAUAAACCUAGCAGAGGGUCGUCAACGGCACAAGGCCCCAAAUUCUUAU